CCACUUUCCCAAUCCCGUGUGCCGCCGUGCCCGAGCCCACCCCCCACCAGCCCAAACCAACGUUCCCCCGGGUGGCCGGGUCAAAGAAACCAUGUGCCGCGCCACGUUCCCAAGCGCCGGGCGCCACUAAAUCAGCAGCUCCUGGCCUCGGAGCAGAGCCACCAGUAGUAAGCGGCAGCAGCAGAUCAAACCAUGGCGAGGUCAGGGCGGGAAAGGGAGGGCGGAGGGGAGGAGCGGAGGCUGGUGCUGGGCAAGUACGAGCUGGGGCGGAUGCUGGGGCAGGGCACCUUCGCAAAGGUCUACUACGCGCGGGACCUGAGCGCCGCGGCAGCCGGGGCCGGCGGCGGCAGCAGCAGCAGCGUGGCGAUCAAGGUGAUCGACAAGGCGCGGCUGCGUCGCACGGAGGGGAUGGUGGAGCAGCUGCGCCGGGAGAUCUCCAUCAUGCGGAUGGUGCGCCACCCCAACGUGGUGGGCAUCCGGGAGGUGCUCGCCAGCCGCUCCCGCGUCUUCGUCGUCAUGGAGUACGCCCGCGGCGGGGAGCUCUUCGCCAAGGUCGCCCGCGGCCGCCUCACCGAGGACCACGCGCGCCGCUACUUCCAGCAGCUUGUCGCCGCCGUCGGCUUCUGCCACCGCCGUGGCGUCGCGCACCGGGACCUCAAGCCCGAGAACCUGCUCCUCGACGAGGAGGGCCGGCUCAAGGUCACCGACUUCGGCCUCGCAGCGCUGCCCGAGCAGCUCCGCCACGACGGCCUGCUCCACACGCAGUGCGGCACCCCGGCGUACGUCGCGCCCGAGGUGCUCCGGAAGCGCGGCUACGACGGCGCCCGCGCCGACCUCUGGUCCUGCGGCGUCGUGCUCUACGUCCUGCUCUGCGGAUUCCUCCCGUUCCAGCACGACAGCUACGCCAAGAUGUACCAGAAGAUCUUCAAGGCCGACUACCAGGUGCCGCCCUGGGUCUCCGGCGACGCGCGCCGCCUCAUCGCGCGCCUGCUCGUCGUCGACCCCACCAAGCGCGCGUCCAUCCCGGAGAUCAUGCUCACGCCGUGGUUCAGGAAAGGCUUCGUCCCGCCCGUCCUGUCGCCCCAGGUGUCGCCCAAGAAACGGCUGGUGGACGACGAAGACGCCGUCGGUGCCCUCCUCGAGGGCGGCGGCAGCGAUAGGGACAGCUCCAGCACUGCCUCGCUCUCGCCCCGGUCGUGCAACGCGUUCCAGCUCAUCUCCUCCAUGUCCUCCGGGUUCGACCUGUCGGGGCUGUUCGAGAGCGAGCAGAAGGCCGCGACGGUGUUCACGUCGCGCGCGCCGGCGGCCGCCGUGGCGGAGAAGCUGGAGGCCGUCGGACACGCCCUGGGGUUCGAGGUCACCAGGGGGAAGGGAUGUAACCUGCGGAUGGAGGCGAAGGUCGACGGCACGAACGGGCGGCUCGCGCUCACCGCCGAGGUGCUCGAGGUGGCCGCGGACGUGGCCGUCGUCGAGUUCGCGCACGACGCCGGGGACGCUCUGGACUUCAACAAGUUCUGCGCCGAGGACGUGCGCCCGGGGCUCGCGGACAUCGUGUGGGCGUGGCAGGGCGACAGCUCGCCGGCGACGCCCGCGGCCGUCGCCGGGUGCGCGUGAUGAGCAGAGAAAGCGUCCGUUCCGGCGUCCAAUCAGAGAUGCAAGAAGAGCAAGACCAAAGGGAGAGGAGUUUGUAGACACGAAUACACGAUGAGCCAAGUGGAGGCAGGGUAUGCUCGAUCAGCUUGCAAAGUUUUGAUAGCAAUCUGUACGAGUGGAGUUGUGUACAUACAAAAUUUUGUUCAUGAUCAAGAUCUAGUUUUGGUCCCCAUACCAUAUGGUCAUCUGAUCUGAAUUGAUUGUGCUAUUUGCAGUUGUUAUCAAUUGCUAUGUCAAUCUCACUGCA